CCGGUUGUUCAAAGGAUGGAUAAAUUUAUCCACCGGAUAAGCUUAUCCGGUGGAUAAAAAGGCUAUCCACUGGAUAGUUAUCCGGCGGAUAAAAAGUUGUUGCAGAAAGCACGGAUAGCGAGACGUAUAACUAUCCGAUGGAUAAUUCGGUAUCCAAGCAGUUGCUAUGGUUACAACCCAGGCGUUGCGUGAUCUGUUCGCUCGCGCGUGCUAGUGGCGAGACAACAUGGCAGAAAAUGUUGCUCCUUCUCCGGCAAAGCGCGCUAGAAAACCCAAUUUUACACCCGCCGAAUGCGCAGUUAUUUUGGAAGAGGCGGAAGAAAAUAUAAACAUUAUCAAAAGUAAAUUUUCCUCGACACUUUGUAAUAAAAACAAAACGCGAAUAUGGGAGGAAAUAACCGAGAAAGUCAAUGCCCUUGGAGUUUCCAAAAGAACUGUUGUGGAGGUAAAAGAAAAGUGGAGAGGAAUGGUGAGUGGAGCAAAAAGAGAGCACAACAAAUGUACCACGGCAGUAAAGAAGACCGGGGGUGGAAAGAAACCGGCUUCUCCAAAGGCUACCACAGCCAAAAUUAUCGAGCUCUUCGAAACGGAUCCGUCUUUCAGCGGCAUUUUGGGCGGUAUCGA